GAUCCGAGAUAGAAAACCCAGCUGCUGGUCCGGCCAGGCUAGCUUGGCUUGAGCUUGCAGCUGCCGCCGGUACUCCUCCACUGUCCUCGCUAAGCUUUCACGCGCCCGCAUUAAACAACACGCACUGGAGAGCUCGCAUUCAUGGCUCCGUUUCAGCCGGUAGAUGGCGCGCAUUCACUCCCCCGCGCCUCUACAGUACCCUUCCCCUCCCAAUUCACCCCCGCUAUAUAUCUCUCCACCCACUCCCAUCCCCCACUUCACUCUUCACCAUAGCUAAGCAAAGAAGAUAUCGAUCGAUUUGAGAGUUUGAGAAUCGAGAGAGAGAAAGGAGGAAGACACGCCGACCGGCCGCGGCGCCAUGGACGUGAACGACCUGCUGCUGCUGGCAUCGGCGGUGCUGCUUGGCACCAUGUGGUGGCGGCGCUGCUCCAAGACGGGCGGCGUGGACGGGCUGCCGCCAGGCCCGCCGGGCUGGCCCGUGGUCGGGAACCUCUUCCAGGUGAUCCUCCAGCGGCGGCCCUUCAUGUACGUGGUCCGGGACCUCCGCCAGAAAUACGGGCCCAUCUUCACAAUGCGGAUGGGGCAACGCACCUUAAUCAUCGUCACGUGCCCGGACCUCAUCCACGACGCGCUCGUCAGGCAAGGGCCCAUGUUCGCGAGCCGGCCCGCCGACAGCCCGAUCCGGCUCCUCUUCAGCGUGGGCAAAUGCACCGUCAACUCGGCGCCCUACGGCCCGCUCUGGCGGGCCCUGCGGCGGAACUUCGUGUCGGAGAUCGUAUCGCCGGGCCGGGUCAAGGGCUUCUCGUGGAUCCGGGAGUGGGCCAUGGCGGGCCACCUCCGCCGUGCCCGCGCCGAGCACGCGGCCCACGGCGCCGUCCGGAUGAUGGCCGGCUGCCGCCUCACCAUCUGCAGCAUCCUCAUCUGCAUCUGCUUCGGCGCCAAGAUCCCCGAGACGCUCAUCGUGGAGAUCGAGGAGGUGCUCAAGGACGUCAUGAUGAUCUCGCUGCCGAAGCUUCCCGACUUCCUGCCGCUGCUCACGCCGCUGUUCAGGAAGCAGCUGGGGGAGGCCAGGGCGCUGAGGAAGAGGCAGCUGGGGUGCCUGGCCCCGCUUGUCAGGGCAAGGAGGGAGUUCUUGCAGAAUGGGGGGAAGACGGGGGAGAUUAUUGGGGGAGUGGAGAUGAUGAGCCCGUCGGGGGAAGCGUAUGUGGACUCGCUGUUUGAUCUCGAGCCGCCGGGGAGAGGGAAGAGGCUCGGCGAGGAGGAGCUGGUGACGCUCUGCUCUGAGGUCAUGAGCGCCGGCACUGACACUAGCGCCACCGCGCUGGAGUGGGCCAUGAUGCACUUGAUUCUUGAUCCCAAGGCCCAGGAGAGGGUCUACGAUGAGGUCGUCGCCAAGGCCGGCAAGACCGCCCGGAUCACCGAGGCCGACGUCGAGGACAUGCCCUACCUGCAGGCGGUGGUGAAGGAGACGUUCCGGCGGCACCCGCCGAGCCACUUCGUGCUGUCGCACGCGGCGACGCGGGACACGGAGCUGGGCGGCUACCGGGUGCCGGCGACGGCCAGCGUGGAGUUCUACACGGCGUGGAUCACGGAGAACCCGGCCACGUGGCCGGACCCGGACGCGUGGCGGCCGGAGCGGUUCCUGGAAGGCGGGGAAGGGCACGACACCGACAUCACGGGGACACGGGCGCUCAGGAUGAUGCCGUUUGGCGCCGGCCGCCGCAUCUGCCCCGCAGCCACGCUCGGGGUGCUCCACAUCCAGCUCAUGCUCGCCAACAUGGUCCGCGAGCUCCGGUGGGUCCCGCCCGCCGGCGAGGGCCCGCCCGACCCCGCCGAGACCUUCGCCUUCACCGUCGUCAUGAAGAACCCGCUCCGGGCCGCCAUUGUCGAGCGCAACCAGCCGCCGCUGCUGCAGCCCGCCAAUUAAUGCCUUUAACCGCGUCAUCCGGGGUUGCGGUAGACGUACUACGGCUAGGUGGAUUAUGGCGGCUAUAUAUAAAUACUCCAUGAUCGAAACGGCUCGAUCUGCUAGCGGUUAAUUAUAUUAUUCGUUGGUUCAUGGAUGGAUGGAUGGAUAAUGCAUCAUGAGGCUGUCUUGAUUUUGUGAAUUUUUUUUCCUCUUCUUGGUUCGUAGUGCUCGAUCGACAUUUUCUUCUUCAUUUGAUCCCACAAGUGUACCUAUGACCCAGCUCUGCUGCUAGAUCGAUCGAUCGAUCUGCUCAUAUAUAUUGCUUCUCUUGUCCUCAAUUCCUUUAA